CAGCCAUAUUGCCUUUCGCUCCAGACGACUUAGGUAGUGCAGCACUGAGUCAUGGUCCUGGUCUGUGCUCGCUGUGUGGCUCUCAGGUUCAUCGUUUGGCUUAAUUAGGAGAUCCCGGAAGAGUCCUAGCCCUCAGCUGAGUGACGAGGCAAGGGGGGGGCAGGAGGGGACCGCAGGACACCAGCGCACCGCCACGGAUCCGUCCAGGGGUAUCGACAGUCCCCACAUCCCGACAAGGAAUUAAAAAGCGGACCACUGGAAGGAGAUUUGUCACCAUGGAAGGUUUAAUGGAGCGGCUGGAGCGAGCCGUGACUCGCCUGGAGAAGAUGUCUGUCACCAUGCAGAUGUCCAGCGGCAUGGCAAACGGGGACUGUGUCAACGGCAUUGACGAAGGUUUGUCUCUGUGCAUUGAGGACUUUGACGUUGUACUGAAAGGUCCAGUGUCAGAAUAUCUGAACUACAGUCGAUCCAUCGGAAGGGAAGUGGAGGAACAUGCAGAGAUGGUGAACAACGCCCUGCAGACUCAGAGAACUUUCCUAAAGAUGGCUGCCAUGCAUCAGGAACCUGCAAAGACAGAGUUACAUGACCUGCUGAAGCCAAUUUCAGAUCACAUCCAGGAGAUCCAGAGCUUCAGGGAACGAAACCGGGGCUGCAGCCUCUUCAACCACCUGUCUGCUGUCAGCGAAAGCAUCCCUGCUCUGGGGUGGGUGGCUGUGAGUCAGAAGCCUGCUCCGUAUGUGAAGGAGAUGAAUGAUGCUGCCACCUUCUACACCAACAGAGUGCUCAAAGACUUCAAGGACAACGACAGACGUCAUGUAGACUGGGUGCAUUCCUACCUGUCAAUCUGGACAGAGAUGCAGUCCUUCAUCAGGCAGCACCACACUACAGGACUGGUGUGGAGCAAGACUGGCCCCAUUGCUCCUUCUCUUUUUGACUCCCCCACUGCGCCCUGCGCUCCCUGUCCCCCACCACCUCCUCCACCUGGCCCUCCUCCUGUCUUCACUGAUGAUGACUCCAAGCCUCAGGCAGGCGGUACAGCGGCCAAGCAUUCAGCGCUAUUUACCCAGCUCAACCAGGGCAUGGACAUCACUAAAGGUCUAAAACAUGUAUCAGAUACUGACAAGACCCACAAAAACCCUAACCUUCGAUCCCAAGCAACACCAAGCAAAACAAAGUCCCCCGGUGCUGUGAAGGCACCACGAGCAGCCGUCCAGAAAAGACCCCCUCUGCUGGAGCUCGAGGGGAAGAAAUGGAGGGUGGAGAACUUUGAGCAGAAGCACGACCUUGUGAUCGAGGAGACGGAGCUGAAACAAGUGGUGUACGUCUUCAGCUGUAACAACUCCACCCUGCAGAUAAAGGGAAAAAUCAACUCCAUCAUCCUAGACAACUGUAAGAAGCUGGGUUUGGUUUUUGAAAACGUAGUAGGGAUUGUUGAGAUCAUCAACUCCAAGGGAAUUCAGUUACAGGUCCUGGGGAAAGUUCCCACCAUUUCCAUCAACAAGACAGAGGGCUGCCAGGUCUACCUGAGUACAGACUCCAUCAGCUGUGACAUUGUCAGCGCAAAGAGCUCUGAGAUGAACAUAAUGGUACCACAGGGAGACGGAGAUUAUAGGGAGUUUCCAGUACCGGAGCAGUUCAAGACAGUUUGGGACGGCUCCAAACUGGUGACAGAACCGACAGAGAUAGCAGGCUGAUUGAUUCAUCACCAUCAUCAUCGCUGUUUAAUAAUCAAUCUGACCUCCAGAUUGAAUUGGGUUUCUGAGGUAUCCUGCAACAGAUGAACUUCUGGUCAGCUUCUAGUUGUCUCUCUAGCACUUCCAAACAUUUGAUUCAAUUUCAUCCAACCUGUCUGUGUACUAUUUUCUUUUAUAACUGUGCCAUGACAAUAAAGGGAUCUAUGUAAGAAUAUGUAAGGGUAAAAUAAUAAGCAAUGGUAUAAAUGGUUAUUCUAAUCCUCGAAAUACAUCUUCAUUCUUUUCUGGACUACUGUAAACAUGAUUUACAUUCUCUCUACAGUGUUUGUGGUGUUUUAUGGCAUGAGAACACAUUUACACAACCGCAGUCUCACUUUCAGCAAAGGUUUACGGUCAGGCAGCUUCACUUGCACAUGUGACAUUCAGAGACCGAGCAGACGAGGGAGUUAAAAGUGGAGCUAUUUGGUAUACUUUCUAUCUGGUGAAGUUUAUAUUAGUUACAUAUUUACAUGUUUAACACGAUAUGCAUGUAGUACUGUUGAACUUAGUGACUGAAGGUUAUUCAGCACUGUUUACUAUGGUUUAUGGAGCCUCAAUCAGCACAAAUGGAUGUUUAAAUGUAAAAGAAUUCAUACUUGGCUACUAAUUUCUCCUUUAUAUUUAGAUAUCAACAAAUGCACAGUAAAGAACUGGCAGUUCUUAUAGCACCUUGAGCACUUCCUGUUGCCUUUAUAUUCAUAUGUAGACCACUCUAUAUUUUGUAUUAAGAUGUAGCACACUGUACCAGCAUAAGAGAGAAGAUACUGUACACCACUGAUGCUUUUCAAGACUUUUAAUUUGCAUAAAACAUAUUUGAUGUUACUGUGUAUCAUUUUCAAAUAAAAUCAAAAUCCUCA